AUGCUGCAGCGCCUCAACGACGGCGAGGGCUACGAGCUCUACCUCCAAUCGACGUGUGGCCUGGGAUCCAAGCUGGCUGGGAAGCGCUUCCGCGCAACUCGAUCUUCGCCGACCCGCACGGCCACGCAGGCGCAGUGCACAAUCGCCCCGCCGUUUGCCGCUACCAUCUUGCUCGAUCCGUGGAUAGAGCCGCUGCUGCUCACGCAUCCGAAUUCCGUGAAUAUCGUCGCGCCGCUGUACGUCAUGAAUCCCGAGCCGUUCGCCGGGUGA